UUCUUUUAAUCCACACAAACAUCACCUAUAACAACAAAGUUACAAAACUUGUACUACUACAAAUACAAUUCACAAACAUUAAGAUCACACCAUGUCACUUAUACCAAGUUUCUUCGGUGGGCGUGGAAGGUCAUCGAGCAUAUUCGACCCUUUCUCUCUAGACAUAUGGGAUCCUACCCCCACCACCACCACCUUCUCUGGCGACACCGUAGGGUUCGCCAACACUCGAAUCGACUGGCGAGAGACACCAGAGGCGCACGAGUUCAAGGCGGACUUGCCGGGGUUGAAGAAGGACGAGGUGAAAGUGGAGGUGGAAGAUGGUCAAGUGCUACAAAUCAGUGGUGAGAGGAGUAAGGAGACUGAAGAGGAGAGUGACAAGUGGCACCGUGUCGAACGUAGUUCUGGGAAGUUUAUGAGGAGGUUUAGGCUCCCUGAUAAUGCUGAUAUGGAAGGAAUUAGGGCUAAUAUGGAACAUGGAGUGCUUACUGUUACUGUGCCCAAGCUGCAGGAGAGGCAGCCUGAUAUUAAGUCUAUUGACAUCUCUGGUUAAGCGUGCUUAGCUAGAAGUACUCGUACUCGUUUAUGAUGGAGUUUUCCCUCUUGUAAUUAAGUAUGUAUAAUAUGUAGUACUCCUUUACAUAGAUACAUCUACCGUCUACGCGUAGGCGAGUAGCUAGUAGUGACUAGUGAGCACAAGUAAAAUAAUAACAAUAGCUCUUUGUAUUCUCGCUCGGGUGGUAAUGAGGUUAAAGAAUGUAUGUUCAUCUGGUAUCUGGAUGUAGCCUUUUGGUGUAGAUACUAGUUAGUUCUGCGCAGAAUUGCUGUUAUUUUCUGCAAGUAUAUGUUCAGGUCGGUGUUAUUUUUUUAUAGUUAUGGUGUCAGCUACCUAAUGUUCACCGUGGGCAAGAUAACUGGUGCAUCAAAAGUGUUUCUUUUAGUUCA